CACGGGUAUUGGAAUCAAGGAAGGACGUAUAUGAAGAUUUCUCUAUUUGGUUUAUCUUAUGCUGGUUACCAUUAGGAUCUUUCACUCAACUCUGCCAUGGAGACCACCUCCGUCUGCCUCCAUUCGUCAGCCAAUCCUUUUGGAUUCUCUCUAACCAGUUGCCGCAGAGUCUCUUUGAGACACAAAAACGAGCACCUACAAGCCAAGCUACAUAUUCAGCGAUUUUCAAAGUCCCAAACCUUCAAGUCUCUCGUAAACCCCGUUAGAUACUCUUUUUCCAGCACCACAGACCAUAAAAUCCAGAAUCCAUUUGUCAAAACUUUGAGAAGACCUUUCCUUGCAUCACCAGUGCCGACAAUACUGACAAGGAAUGAAAACCAUUCUGGUAAAUGUUCAUAUUCCAACACCUCCAACUCUGGGUUGAAGAACCCAAUAACGGAAAUCCUUGGAAACCUCUCUCUGGUUUCAUUGAAGCGUAGACUUUUGAAUCUAACCCCUCUCGACGUCUGCAAAUGGUCUGCAAUUUUGUCCUUCUCCAUAGGUACUGCAAAAUGGACUGUAUAUCACCUAUUGAAUCCCUUCUUCUGGAUGUACUUUAGUUGGUCAUGGCUGUUCUGGCCAUGGUUUGUAGCCAUUGCUUUGGCAGGCUAUGGUCUUUAUUGCCUUCAGAAGCACACUAAGGGAGAUGCCAGUAUCUUUGAACAGCUUGUCAUAGUGACCUCAACAAUCACCUGGCUUACUCUAGUCCCUCCAGCCCAUUUUAAUGGGUUCCUUGAGGGGUGGCCUUUUGUGUUCUUCUUUGUCUACCAUUAUUUUUUCUUCUUCAAUGUCAGUGUCAGGAAACGCCUAUACGGGGAUUACUAUGCUCGCCCACACGACCCCAAAUGGGAUGUGGUUCUUCCCAAUUGGAAUCGUCUUCUCUUCAGUGCUGGAGUCAUGGCUGCACACUGGCUUGCUGCAGCAGAAGGGCCGGAAUCACACCUUAUUCCAGGUGGAUGGAGCAAUUUGGGAUUGUGGAUUUUGAUCAUGAUGACACUAUUUAUGCAAUAUCAUUCCACAUUGUAUCUUGCCAAGUAUUCAGAGAACGUGGUGGUGCCGACUGCUGUUGUGCAGUUUGGACCAUAUAGAUGGGUCAGGCAUCCAAUAUAUGGAUCGACAAUGCUUCUGUUCGCAUCUUAUUUUGUUGCACUCAGGGCGCCACUGAGCUUGCUUUUUGUUCUUGUGGUUUGUUUGGUGUAUUACAAUCUGAAGGCAGAAAUGGAGGAGGCUCUAAUGGUUGAUACAUUCGGGGAGAGCUACAGGGAGUACAUGAGGAAAGUUAGGUACAAAUUCAUCCCUCUAGUGUAUUAGUGAUAUUUUGUGGUUCUGGGUACAGUGUUGUAAUUGGGUGAUAAAAAAGAAUUCUUGUAUUCAUUAUCUGAUAAAUUCAGGGAGUUUUGGCUUCAUAAAUUUAUGUAAACUUGAAGGAUUUGGAUUUUCCAAGGUGCAAUUUUUUCCCUGAUGUUUAUAGUUCAUUAUUUUGGCUAGUCUUUUGAUUUUGUGUCAAGAGUUCUUUGGUUUAUGCUUGAAUUCUUUUAUGUUGCAGACUCAUUUGCUAAGAAUUGAUUAAACUGGCUAUCUAUCUUGGUAUUUUA